AUGCCUAAUGGCCAGACAAGAUGCCAAGACAAUUAUUGGCUACAAGGUCAGGAAAGUCUCAGCUCCGGGACCGGGAAAAGUUUCCCCAGAAGUUGCAAAUAUGGCAGGCGGACUCAUUAUCGUGAUUCUCCCGUUGACUGUUUUAUCGAUAUACCUCGCGUUUUUCCGACAAUAAUGAGCUUGGGGAGACACAUUGCGGCCACAGCCGGCCAGGUUGAGAAACUGUUGUUGACACCUUCAAUUGAAAUCCUUGCAUCCAUCGGACUUUCCUACCCUUCAAGGGAAUUUGACAUGGCUCACAUCUCACGCUGCCUAAUUCCCUAUGGUGAUCAGCUUUACUUAAUUGAGGAUGUUAGAAUUCUGCAUCCCGGUGGGUACUAUUGGAUUUCGACGGGUCUACUAAUUGUGAGUUGGGAGAGACAGUGGAAAGGUUGGGAAAAAACAGAAGAAGAUCUCCAAGCUGAGCAGCUUGAGAUUGAGGUAAUGGAAAAAGGUGCGUGCUGGAAGGAAUUGGAGCAGAAGGAUAAUCUUGCUCUUGUUAUUUGGCAAAAACCCGCUAACCAUGUUCACCGUGAUCAGAAUCCAGUCAUGGCGUGCUUCACAAUAAUGGAGAACUGUUUGGCCCCAUUAAUGCAAAAUGAGAGAGGCCUAAAUGAAGUUGCAGAUGGGAAAUUGGUCAAAUGGCCAGGGAAGCUGACUUUAGUCCCUCCAAUCCAUGAAUGUGGCUUGAUGGGAACUUAUCAAAACUGGUGCGAAUUAGCAGGGAACUCAUUCAUGCUGGUUCACUUAUUAGCCUCUUUGAGGACAGGUAACUGCUAA